AUGUCUUCAGACAGAUACAUAGUUUCAGCACCCGGAAAAGUUAUUUUAUUUGGAGAACACGCGGUUGUUUAUGGCAAGACGGCAAUAGCUGGAAGCCUUGACAAAUUACGAACGUAUGCGUUCUUUGAAAAACGGAUUGAUGGAUAUCUUGAGUUGAACUUAACAGAUCUCGGUCUUCAACGCGCCUUCUUGUGGCCUGCCUCCGCAUUACCGUAUAGUUUAGUAAAUAAUGUUGAUGUCAAAGGAUUGUUACUUGCUUUUGGUCAUAUUUUGUCACCUCGUGAAAGUAAUGAACAAGAUAUUAAAAAAACGAGGGAAUUGAUUAAUUUAUGGGCAUAUCAAGCUGAAAAAGUUAUUCAUGGGACACCAUCUGGUGUUGAUAAUUCAGUAGCUACUUAUGCGGUGUGA